GUGUGUGUGACGAAUUGAGGGGGGUCCAAGCAAUUGCCAUAAUCAUGAAUGUAUCUCCCCAUUCAAACCGUACUUAGCAAAGGAAAGGCUGCAAUCCGGUGAGAUAUCAGAGUGAAUUCAACAUUUUUGCUGACAAUCUGCCAUAAAAAGGGAUAUUCAAAAGCUUCUCGAGAAGAGCUCUGACCAUGUGAAAAUUCAACCUGUUUGUAUCUGGCAAAGUGUCAUUAGGAGCUUGAUGAAAGUCUAGAAUUUAUAUUUUCUUCUGGAACAUUUUAUUUAUACUGCAUGCAUAUGAUACCAAAUUAAAGGGAUUAUUUUUUAAUAAUCUUUUGGAUUUGCUGACCUGAAACAUUCAUGGAAAUUACAAGCCAAGAUCUUUUUGGUAAAACCACUCACUAAACGUGAAUUUUGAGGAAGCCAAGUAUGACUGAGGCAUGAAUUCCUGUUCCUGAGUAAGCUCUUCUACGACAUUCCCUGGAUAGAGCUGUGGAUGACUAGAAUUUGAUGUCUGGCUUGGUAUAGAACCCGCCAUACUUUUUUUUUAUUGAGAAGGUUGGAGGCAUCGUCCAUUUUUUGAGCUGGAUUGGGCGGAGGGAGUCCACCUUGGUCUUACAGCUGCAUGGCCAGAUGAAGAGAUGGCUGCCGCUCAUAGUGAAGCAAACAGUGGCUCGGAUUCUCCCGAAGAGAAUCGCAUGGACGUGGGUCGUCCCGCCACGCCUAGCCCCAUCAGCGUGAGGGAAGAGGGUACGCUACGUAGGUCCAACAGCGCACCCAUGUUCAAUGGACCAAAUAUGACCGAUGAUUCCCCAGUUUUUCAACCAAUCAGAGAAAAGCCUCGGGUGCGGAGAAUGAGCGCUCAAACAAGCAAUGGAGCAAAGCCAAUGUCUGUUCCUGUGAGGAUACCAUCAAGGGUUACUCAGAUCAAACAAGAAGAAAGCUUAGAUAUCAGAAGCAAGGAAGCAGAGCAUGAGAGGGAGGUCCGGUCAGCAUUUAGGAUGAGCCAGUCUUGGGAUGAUCUCCACUUGGAUGAAAGUAUCAAAGCAUUACGAUCAGAACCUCGGUCUGAGUUAAGAUCCUGUAUAUCAGAACCACUGAGUAUUGUCACACCAACGCUACCGUUUGUAGCCUCAUCCCCUUCACCGACAAGACCAGGCAAGCAAUGUUUUUCACCUCAGAUAUCAAUGCGGAGUCCUUGUAUGUCACCGAGCCCUAACCCUAGUCCUACCCGGUCGACGUUCACAAAACGUAGUAUGAGCCCUGUACUCAGACCAAGCUCUCUUGCAUCGUCACUGAAACGCAAAUAUGACAGUGAUGGUGAAUGCACACCUUCGAAGAGGCAGCUCCUAGGCUCUCCAAUUCACCCUAGCUCACUCAGUAUGUCAAGUAUGAGUUCAGAUGAGACGAGCCCACCACAGCGCAUCUUGGCCACACAUACUUCAACGUUUCUCCCAAAUGCAUUUGCUCCCUCGACAACCUAUGCUUCACCCACAACAACGACCUUUGACACGGUCUCAAACUCGUCAUCAUCCUGCUUUACCUUCUCUACCAACUCUCACGUAUGAAAUGAAAAGGAAAAAGAAAUUAACCCAUAUCAGUUUGUUUCACUUUCUGUUUGAAUUUCAAACCAUUGAUCAAUUCCACACUAUGUAAAGGCCCUGUCACAUCGUUCCGUGCAAGCCUUGCAUGUGACUUGCGUGUGACUAUUUUUGCUACCUCAGAGCUGCCAACCAGAACGUUUUUGGCGUAUUUAGUACGUUUUUGCAACCAAAAUAUGACAGUACGUUUUUUCUUUAAUAACUAUGAUUUUGUAAAAAAAAUAAAAAAAUAACACAAAUAUGGUUAUUGGAUCAAUGAAUGUAAUUUCAGGUAACUUUUUUUUUUUUCAAUUAUUUUUUUCAAUUAUUAUAGCUUGCAUGCAGCUUGAGCGCCGCGAUGAGCGUGCGCGCAAUGCAUUUUAUUAUGAAAUACAUUUUUCGGGGGGAAAAUGCAGUUUUUAUUAUUACAGAAUACAAUUUUUCAUUCCCAGAGGUUGGCAGGUCUGCUACCUGCCGGUCGUUUGCAUUGACAGUAUCUCGCACGUGUCUCGCAUGCAGUUGCCCGCAGAAGCGCACGCAAGUCUGAUUUGCACACAGAAAAGUUUUUGACAUGCUCAAAACAUUGUUGCGGGCAAUCACCCACAACUCACCUGCAAGGCUUGCACAGAACGAUGUGACUGACAGGGCCUGAACCUCAUGCUGGGUCAAUAUUUAAUCCAUAAUCUAUGAUAGUCAAUUAUAGGUCCAUAGGUCCACAAUCUGUUGUAGAGCGAGGUCUUGGUCCACAAAUAUGGAGCCUUGCCUUGGUCCACUCCCUGUUGGACCAAGAGUCGGGUUUUUGCCAUUGUCCAUGUUAGUGUCAGUUCUUGAGCCUUGAUCUUGCAGAGUCAGGUCUUGGUCCAAAAUGUCUUAUGGAGUCCAAGUCGUGGUCCAUGCCCUGUUAUAGAGUCAGGUCUUUGCCAUAAAUCUUGAUACAUACCAGAUCUUAGGCCAUGGUUUUCUGUAGAGUCAGCUCUUGUUCCAAAAUGUCGUUUGGAAUCGGGUCUUGGACCAUGUCCAGCUAUAGACUCAGGUCUAGGUCUGUACUCUCUAAAAUAGUCAGUUUCUUGCAUAUGUUCUGUUGUAGACCCAUGUUAUGGCCCAUAGUCAGUCUUAUAGUAAGAUCUUGGUCCAAAAUCUCCAUAGACACAAGGUCUUGGUCCAUAAAUUGUCGAACCAUGUUUCAUUCCUUGGGCCUUAUUGUUUGGCUGAAACCUCAUACUUUGCCUUUUAUUUAUAGAUAUUUAUAGAAUAGGAACACUGGAAGUUAAUUAUGUAUCUACCUUUAUGAUCAUGACACUGUAGAUAUCUUGAGGUUCAUGUACAGUACAUGUAUUGUCUUUAGUUUGAUACCAGUAUCAACAACUGCAAGUGGAGGUGGACAAUAUUUUGUGUGUGGGGUUUUUUUUGGACUAAGACUUAACCCGAAGAUUGGAUUUACAUUAUGAAGAAGAAAUAUGUUAUAAAACCUAGAUUGUUAAACCUCUCAGUGAAAUAAUUGACUUGAUAAAUGAUUACUUAUACAGAGUCAGAUCCAGGAUUCAGUUUUAGAUAGGGUGCAUGCUGCAAAUUCAUCAGAAACGCAUGUUUAGUUGUAUAAACAUAUACUGUUAAUUCAAUGUAUAAUUUAAAAGAAUAAGAGGGGCGCAUGCCUCUUCCGCCCUGCCUAUCGAGUAAUACAUUUAUGUGAUCGGAUGUCAUGGUCUGCUGGGCCAGUAUUCAAUUCCAUGAUUAGAUUGAGAGAAGCAUGUGCUCAUUAUUUUUCUUGGAAUCAUGAUGACAAAAUGGAAUCAUUUUGAAGUUGCAAGGUUGUCUGGGUACUUUUGGACCUUUUUUUUUUAGUCUUGAAGAGUAUAAUGCAUGAAUAUUAGCAUAAUUGAGGCAUUUCGCCUCAUGUCUGAACAUUAUUGAAAAUGUUGCUAAGCUUUGUCUCAUAUUUGAACAAGGCUUUACAUGUAAGUAUUGAAUCAAAUAUAGACCCUGUUUCAUAUUUUUACCCAAAUUGGAUCUGUGCAAAAGGGAAGUGAUAAAAAGAAAACGGCAGAAGUAUUUUAAGGGAUGCAGAUUUAGGUGCUUUGAAUAUUAUAUAAAAGUCUGUGUAAACUCCUAUUGAAGCAAGGUUUUUGAGAGAACAAAAGAGAGGGGGACGGGAGAAUGAAGAAGUAAAGUCGGAGAUAGAUUGUAUUUUUUAAUAUUGUGAUGUGCAACUCUUUAAUAUUUAUUUAUGAUUAUUAGUAAAGAAAAAAGUGAGAGAAAAAAAAUAGAUCAAAGCUUGUAAAUAGAUGUAAAUAUGAUUUUUGUAGUUUAUUCUUAUCAACUAUAUUGUUGGAUGUACAGUGAAGAAAGUUUGUCUUAAGUUAAGAAAAUCCAAGAGAACAAAAUAUUGAUUAUGCUGUAGAAAAAAUGUCAUGUUCUGAUUUAUGAUUUAUAUACAAGUCUUACCAGCAUUGGAGAUGUUAAAAGACGUCAAACAUAGAAAGCUGCAAAUAUUUCACUUUCUUAUGUGAAUGAAGAUGUGAAGAGAUCACAAAUGUUUUGUUAUUUGCCAAGCAGGAGGCCAUUAAGAUGAGACCUGUUGAAUUAAUUGGUACCUUGUGCACAAUCUUAAGAAAACAGCAAUUUAAGUUAUUGUGAUGUGUCGGCUUUGAUGUUGUGUGUAAAUUGUACAUCCACAAUAAUUUACGCGAUAGUGCUCUACUUGUGGUAGCUUCAUUGGAAUUCCUUGCAUUGUCUCGAAUGUUAAAAUGACUGUAGCUGAAUCAAGAGUGAAAUUCACCAUCACCAUCUUAAUAGUGCAGUGUGCAAAAUGCAGCCAUGAACAUGUUAUCUUUUGCUCCUUUGGUGCCUUGUGCAAAUCCUAAGUAAUUAAAGUGAAAUUCAGUGUCAUCAUCUC